CAGUUCUAUUAUAAGUUUAAACCUUUAAUAUAAACAACGAAUAUGUAAAAUAAAUUACAUAUUUUUUCCCCAGAAAAAAAUUAAAAAAAAAAACUUUUUUAAGAAUAUGUGUGACUAAAUUAAUUUAGUUCGUAAAUGUUAUUGUGAACCGAUCGCAAUUAACAGCUGGCGCUUAAGAACAACAAAUAUUCAAGGCUUAGAUUGUUAUUUUGGUGAUAUACUUUGUUUCCAACUGAGAAUUCUUUUGAAAUAAAAUGUUUAACAAAAGAUAUACUAAAGUUCGUUAAAAUAAAAUGACAUAAAAGUAUUUAAUUGACCUACGCUAAUAACAGUGUAAAAACAAAUUAACACUCAAGCGUUUUAUCGUUUUUGCGUUAAAAUCAAGCCGAAAAAUCAAUAGAACAAAGUCCUUUCCGCUGUUAUAGAAAAAUACACAACACAAGUAUAGUUUACCGAUAUGGGCGCAGAACAUUCCCAGCAACGUGCCGAAGCAGAUGGACGUGAAAUUUUUGAAGGCGAUUUGAAAAUAACUCUUGGCAAUACACGCCAAUCUCACAGUGCCACACCCACAGGCAAUGCUAAACGACGUAGCGGGCGACAAAGUACAAGUAGCACGAGCUCUAAUCGUGGUAGUAAACAUAUCGUUGAGACAGUAGCAGUAACAGCAUCACCAACUACCUCAGCAGAGAUUAGCAGACCGCCAUCGCCACCACUGAGUGUAUGCUCCGAUUUGCCUUACGUUUCCUACACAGAUCGUCCCAUUGGUGAUUCACCGAAAAUACGCAACAAACCACAUAGCCGGCAUCAACAAGGGAAUAACAUAAAUCGUAAUACAGGUAUACGCAAAUCAUUCGGUACCGGCGCCACACCAAAGCGUCCACAAUCCACAUCAGGCACAAUAGUAAUUGUUAAACCAGGUGCUCGAGAUGCAGACUAUGAUGGUGAUGCAGAUUUGAUUCGUUUGCGUAACAUACCACAAUUUCUGCCUGUGUUACGUGAUUCCAUCGCAACCGCAGCUUUUACCCGCGAUCAGGAGGUGUUGGAACGUUUAAAUGCACAACAUUUGGUUAAUAUUAGCAGUCGCAUGCAGACUCAUUUGAAUCUUUGUGCAACACAAGUAACACAGGAGCAAAAUCAUCUUGUCGAGCGUACAAAGGUGGUUAGUAAUUCUAUUACGACACUCUUCGCUUCCUUUGUUGAUAUGCAGAAGACAUAUGCCGCGUAUGCCGAGCAGUUCUCCAAAGUGCGUACUAUAUCACAGCAGCUAAGUCGAUGUAACUCUUUAUUACAUGACAAUAUCGCUAAUUUGGAAGCGAUAAACAAUUUUCUGGACGUAGAAGAUCGUCUGGAGCCUUUCGUUUGGCGUACAGAUGAUAAUAAACUGCGCGGCGAAGCGGAGGGUGCGCCUGGUGGGGGUAGUGGCCGCGUAACGCGUAUGUAGUGAGGCUGAGUAGAACUUCAGCAGCUAGAUAAGCAAUAUUUUCAUCAACCAGGCGUUAAAAUAUUGAUGUUGUUGUGUGAAUAUUUAAAUGGCCACUAAAUCUAAAGAUUGAUUUUGAUUGUGGUUGAAAGUGUGAUUUAAAAGUCUGUGUAAUUGUUAUAGUUAAGUAAUAUAUUUAAAUUUGACAUAGAGUUGGUUCUUGUAAAUUCAAUUUAUAGUUGUUGUAAGACCCCAAAUUAUGAAUACUAAUAAGGUUUAUAAAUAUGUCUAUAAUAUCUUCAAGGUUUAAUAUACUAAAUAAAUAAGAAAGUAAAAAGUAAUUUUAUUGCA